UUGAACCGGCAGCCGGUCCCACGUCCCAGACCGCUUAGUCAACGCGACACGAGUACGUUGUUAAAUAAUGGCCCAGCAACAGUUUUUCUGAACCAAGGUCGAGAAUCAUCCGGCGCUGGUAGUCGGACACGAUCCAAGGAGUAUGCUGUAGGGGAACAUGUGGAACGUCAGCACAGUGAAGAGACUGCUGAGACAGACACUGCUCCAUACAAUAACAAGAAGAGAGGAAACAGAAGAAAGCGAGAAAAUCCCAUGGGAUAUAAAGUCCUAGAAAGUAUGCUUGCCUUGUAUCCAGACCAAGUUGUACUGAAACUUCUAACUGAGCAUUCAGGAUAUGAUCUCUUGAUCGGGAAUGAGGAUAGCAUUUCUGAUGAUAAAAUGGUCCUGCUUAUGCAAGUUCUCUGCCACGCAUCCAAGGCACAAGUUGGCCGAGAAAACUUGAAUUCUCUUCUUGUUAAAACUUUUAACACAAAAUUCAUUAAUCACCUGAUAAAAUUCUCAAUGGUGAUUGGAUUUCAGUGUACAGGUGACCAUGAGAAAACAUUAAAAUAUUUUGAAGACUUGUCAGCUGUCCUACAUACAUAUGCUCAUACAAUGCCAACUAGGGCUGUGGAUCACCUCCUGCCGCUGAUCGAUAGUUCAGUUAUGAUUUGUCAGAGGUUAUCAUUCCCGGAAAUUGUGAGGCAAAAUGAAGAAACAAAAGCCUUCCUGGAAAGUGAAAAAAUGAAAGUAGGAAAGCAACCCAAUCAAGAAAGGAAAACAAACAGAGGGAGAUGGCUGGACGAUCUACCUCCUCCGGAUAACUUCCGAGAUCUUCCUGUCAUACCUACUGCUCAAGACAUCAACGAUGUAGGCACACCUUAUUUGAGAGCGAACAUAACUGGAGGAGGUUAUAAAAAUGUUGACCAUUACUUGGAUGUGCAAUUUCGGCUCCUCAGAGAAGAUUUUGUAAGACCCCUUAGAACAGGUAUUCAAGAAUUUAGGGUCGAUGCACAUUCUAAAAACUCAGAUAUUAGGAUUUAUAGGAAUGUGAAAGUUGUGGGGACUGACAUAAAAAAUGGAGAUGUGGUCCACUAUGUUGAAAUACCAUUUAAGAAGAAUCUGAAGAUUGAAAACACAAAAAGACUAUUGUAUGGUAACCUCUUGUGUUUUAGUACAGACAAUUUUAAGACCCUAAUACUCGGGUCAGUAGCAGAAAGAAACAUGGAAGAUCUGAAGAAAGGUAAACUUGGUGUCAAAUUUGAAAGUGAUAUUGAUAACCAAGGAAAACUAUGGGUAAUGGCUGAAUCAAGAACGUAUUUCAUGGCUUACAAACAUGUACUUACAGCUCUACAAGGAAUUACAACUGAUUCCUUUCCUUUGCAAGAAUUCAUAAUCAAUGUCACACAGGAGAAAAUAUAUCCCAGUUAUUUAACUCGACAGACCACCUAUGAUCUUCGGGUAUUUAAGUAUUCAACAAUGAUGAAAAAAUCAGAGACAAUCAGCCAGCUCUUUGACAGCAAAGAUAAUGAGAUUCGCGAUGAUAACUGGCCUGGAGUUCCUCGUUUGCAGACAGUGCCACUCAUGGCGGACCUCGAGUUUUGGCCUUCAGAGAUAGAUCUGGGUCUGGAUGCGUCUCAGCGGAGAGCUCUGAGGAGUGCACUUACCAACAAACUCGCCAUCAUUCAGGGUCCUCCAGGAACAGGAAAAACGUUUAUUGGACUCAAGAUUACACAGACGCUUCUCCACAAUAGCGAAUUUUGGAAAAAAAGACACUCACCUAUAUUGGUAGUGUGUUUCACCAAUCAUGCUCUUGAUCAAUUUCUUGAGGGAAUUGCAAAAUUCACAAAAAGCAUUGUCCGGGUUGGCUCAAGAACGAAAAGUGAGGUGAUUAGUGACUUUCAAAUAAGAACACUUAUAAAUGUUGUUAAAAAGAGAAGACAAAUGCCUGAAGAUGUUUACGAGCUGAAUCAGACUAGGUACCAAGAUGCAUUAGUGGCAGAGAAGGAAGUAAAGCAAUGGAAGUCAGUAUUGGAAGAGACUGAAAAUCCACAAGGCAUUCUUCAAAAACGUGUCUUUCUGGCUGAAAAAGUGAUAACAGAUAAUAUUGCAAGUCAAAUUCAGAAUAUUUCUCUAAGGUCCUGGUUGAUGGAUCCAUCAGUCUUUGGAAAAGAAAGAACUAUUGGAGAUACUGUCCUAGAUGACCCAAAGGCCCCAGCAGAUGAGAAUGACGACGAACUUUGGGGCGAUGCUGAGGAACUCAUGGCUGAUGAGGAAAGUGAGAGGAUGGUCGAAAUGGAAGACGACUUGAACACACUGAAGCAUGCCACUCCCCGAAGUGUUCUAGACUAUGAAAUGAAUAUCAAGAACUUGGAGAAAGAGUUGUUGGAUCUGAAAUCGGAAGAUGUGGAAGAGAUGGACGAAAGUCUGCAGUUUAGACAUAAUCUAAAUGUAGGAAUGUUGAAAGUUCUGAGGCAUGGUCUUCAGACAGUAAGACGGGACUCCAGUGCCGAUUUAGAGAGAGCUGAAACUAGGUUACAUAUCAAGAAUCUGUCUUUCAAAGAUCGAUGGCUCCUCUACAAGAUAUGGCUCAAGCGAUUGAAUAAAAUAGUAAAGGAAAAAUUUGAAAUAGCAGAAAAAGAGUUCCAGAGGUGUUCAAAGGCCUUGGAAGAGAUUCGCAUCCAGGAAAUGCUUCAUAUCAUGAGACAUGCAGCAGUGGUGGGCAUGACGACGACGGGAGCAGCUCAGAACACAGCCGUCCUACAAGCACUUCAGCCAUCCAUAGUGAUCAUAGAAGAAGCUGCUGAGAUCCUAGAGGCACACGUCAUCACUUCUCUUUCCAGAAAGUGCAAACACCUAAUAAUGAUUGGUGAUCACCAGCAACUGCAGCCAAGUGCCACCGUAUACGAACUGGCCACUAAAUACAAGCUGGAAAUUUCUUUGUUCGAAAGGAUGAUUAAGAAUGGUCUACCUUAUGAGACUUUGGAUUAUCAACACCGGAUGAGGCCUGAAAUAUCCUCCUUGCUUGUCCCAUCCAUUUAUCCGCACCUGAAGAACCAUCCGUCAGUGGCUGAGUAUCCGCGCAUCAAGGGAGUCACUGCAAGCCUCUUCUUCAUUAACCACAAUCAUCAUGAAGACAAGGGCAUAGCUGAUGACAACAACAGUCGUCAAAAUACGUUUGAAGGUGAACUCAUCAUGGCUCUUUGUCGCCACCUGAUACUUCAAGGUUACAACUCAGACAAAAUAACUGUCCUCACACCAUACUCUGGACAGUUCUUUGUCCUUAAAAAGUUACAACGGAAACAUCAUGUGUGUCAGGGAGUUCAUAUCUGCAUUGUGGAUAAUUUCCAAGGAGAAGAAAAUGACAUCAUACUACUGUCUCUUGUGCGCAGUAAUGAGAAAGGUCAAGUAGGAUUUUUACGAAAGGAAAAUCGAGUCUGUGUGGCUCUCUCUCGAGCCAAGCAUGGCCUCUACAUCGCAGGUAACAUGGAUCAGCUGACUGCCUCUACUGAUCUUUGGACAAAGAUCAAAGAAGAUCUUACAAGAAACAAGGCAAUAGGCAAUGCCUUGACACUGCGCUGUGAAAACCACCCGGAACAACGAACUUCAGUGUCAAGUGGAGAUGACUUUCUAGAAAAAUGUCCCGAGGGAGGAUGCUUGAAAGCGUGCUCUACCUUGCUGCCAGCAUGUAAUCACAGAUGCCCCAAGAUUUGUCACAUGACAGAACAAGACCAUAAGAAUGUAAAAUGCCCACAGCCGUGUCCUAAAAUGUGCAAAAGGAACCAUUGUUGUCAACAAAAAUGCGGGGAAGCAUGUAGACCAUGUGCAGUUCUAAUUAACAAAACUCUCCCAUGUGGGCAUACCCAUAAAGUGAAAUGCCAUGAAUACGAAAGGAAGGAUUUCUUAUGUCCGAAUGUAGUUCCAAAGCAGUUGCCACACUGUAAACAUGAAGUAGAAAUGCAGUGUCAUCGCAACCCGGCAACCUUCCCUUGUCCGAUUCCAUGCGAUACACGACUCGAGUGCGGACAUCAGUGUCCUCAGAAAUGCCACACCACCAGUGACCCUGACCAUUUGGAGUUCAAGUGCGAACAGCCAUGCACUCGCACUCCGGAAGGUUGCGGUAAAGCCCAUCGUUGCCAGAAACCGUGCUGGGAGAAGUGUGGCCCUUGUAUGGAAUACGUUAAGAAAAUCAAAGAGUGUGGCCACAGACACACGACUAACUGCUAUGUAAAGACAGAGGAUAUCUUCUGUAAGCACGACUGCAGAAAAUUGUUACCAUGCCAACACCCAUGCCCGAGAAGAUGCAGCGAAGAAUGCGGAGGCUGUAAGAUAAAAGUCAAGAAGAUUGUGCCAGAUUGUCGUCACGAAAUACAGGUUGAGUGUAGCCAGCCUCCUCUGAAGUCAAGCUGUAAAAACCGAUGCAUCUUGACCCUUCCUUGUUCUCACCCUUGCCGCGCCCUUUGCUGUGAAGCGUGUACCAAGGAAUGUCAAGUACUGGUCAAAACCAAGAAUGUCUGUCCAAGGGGUCAUGAUAUAAAGAUGCCAUGUUAUCUCCAAGACAGAAGUGGAAAAGAAGCCUGGGCCUUCUGCAGCGAGCCAUGCGGUGAAGUGCUUGACUGUGACCACCCGUGUGGAGGGCAGUGUGGCUCCUGUCUAUAUGGACGACUCCACAUAGCGUGUGCAAAGAAAUGCGAGAGAACUCUUCCAUGUGGACAUGUUUGCAAAGCAGACUGCAGUGCUGAGUGUCCCCCUUGUACCGAUGCUUGCCCUCUGAAGUGCAAGCACAGCCGCUGCAGGAAGAAAUGUGGAGAACCAUGCACUAACUGUCAGGAAAAAUGUCUAAGAAGUUGCCAACACCAAACCUGCGAAGCACUCUGCAGUCGGAAGUGCUCAGUCCCGCCCUGUAAAAAGCCUUGCCCGAAAAGGCUACGGUGUGGACAUCCAUGCGUUGGGUACUGCGGUGAUCCCUGCCCGCCUCUGUGCCGCAUAUGUGACAAGGACACUCUUACGGAAAUUCUCUUUGGCUCCGAGGACGAAGAAGAUGCAAGAUUCGUGCUGCUGGAAGACUGUCGCCAUGUGAUAGAAGCCGACGGACUUGAGAAUUGGCUCUCUGGAGAUGACGGUGAAAUUUCCAUGAAGAAAUGCCCACGGUGUCAGAGCCCCAUCUACAACAACAGACGUUUCCACGACUUAAUCUUGAAGGGUUAUGAAAAUAUCCGGGAAUUGAAAUGCAAGUAUUAUACGGAGAAACCUGUCAUCCAGCAACAGGAUAUUGAACAGAUUCUUAGUGGUGCAUCCACGUAUGCCGACUUCCAUGAAGAGGUCAGGCAAAUAAGGAAGUCCAUCCGCCAAGACCCACUGAACAGGGCUUCUAAAAAAAUCAAAUACUUAAGUGACAGCGAAUUGGUUUUAUUCAAGUUCCAAGCUAGCGUCCUAGAAAGGCUCUCGGAAUUGCUCAAUCAGCACCCUGAUUUACGCCGUCCGCUGAAGUUAGAAGCCGAGUUCUUACUGAAACGAGUCAUGAGCCAGAAGCUACGAAUUUCUCGACAGAUGAUGGAAGAGAUUACUUGCGAACUGCAGCGUCUGGUACUUCUCCCGGCGUACUGGAAGGUUCUCGAGCGUUUCCGGCAAACCAAAGUCGAGGCUCUGGAUAGGAUCCGAAAUCGACUUGCUAGAUAUUUCCACCCGUGUCGAAAGUUCGACAGUCGUACGGAGGGGAAAGUCCGAGGCCUCUUGAACGAAAGUAAGAAAUUCAUUGGCAGCCUUGGAAUAAGUGAAGAAGAAAGGCUGCAGAUCGUCGGGGCCGUCGGACUCAAGCAAGGCCACUGGUACAAAUGCCCUAACGGCCAUAUUUACUGCAUCGGGGAGUGCGGGGGAGCCAUGGUAGAGUCGAAAUGCCCAGAGUGUGGAGAAACAAUCGGUGGCAGAAACCAUGCUCUCCGCGAUGGCAAUGCGCACGCGGGAGAGAUGGACGGAUCGCGCUUUGCUGCCUGGUCUGACCAAGCCAACAUGGCAAACUAUGUCUUUGAAUGAAUUGAUUGAUUUGGGAGUGAGUCCAGUCUCCUGAGUAUGGAAUAAGGGUCAAAGGUUAACGAAUAGUUCAGAGAUGGAACCUUUGUGCCCCCCCCCCCUUUCCUCUUUCUUAAUCCUAUCCGUUUUCUCUUUUCCUCACAUUUUGUUUUUGGUCACAUUGGUUAGUUUGUUUGUCUGUUCGUUGGUUAGCAGGAUGACUCAGAAAGAAUAGAUUUUUACUGAUUUUUUUUUUACCAGAGAUGUGUCUUACCCUAACAGAUUCUGUUAAAUUUUGUCGGCGAUAUGGAUAAUAUUUCUUAGAUUGUCAGCAGGAUAACAAAAAUUUAAGAAAAGAUUUUUAUGGAAUUUUUACCAGAGGUGUAUCUUGGCCUAAUUUAAAUCCCAUUAUAUUUUGAUGGUGAUCCGGAUUGUGAUCCAGAUCCACGAUUUUUUUUAAUAAUUGUAUCAUUACCCCUAAUCCUUUCCCUCUGUCAAGGAGGUAGUUUUACGGUCGUCACCUGUUUACUUGAAAAAGGUGAUUUUAAUGUAUCUGAAUAUUUUUAUUGCAUCAGUGGCUUUAUUCCCUUGACGGAGGUAUGUGUUAAUCUUAUGCUUUAUAGUACUAUACAUUCAUGAUUUUUUCGAUUAUACAGUUUAGUUUUUAGAUUUAUAUAGUUCGUGGUAUAUGGUUUGGUCUUAAUUCGUUCUUAUAAACAGAUUCGGCUCCUCAGUUGGUGUUUCCUAAGUCUUCAGCAGUCUUUCGGCCGGUUUGUUAAAAUUGUGCCAGGCCCGACCCAAUGAAUUUUCAUAAAUCCAUAUAUGUCAAUAUAUCUGAUAGAUAUACAUUUGACUAUCUAUUUGCUCGGUUGAUAUGCAUGUCUAGACUGAUGAAUAUGCAUUUAUUUCCUUAUGCAUGUCUAGUAUACGAAUAUUCUUUGGGUCGGGUCUCGCACACUUCUAACAAACAGACAGAGACGCAUAUACACAGAAAUAGAUGCAUAUCUAUCGAUCUAGACAUGCAUAUUUACCGGGUAGAUAGAUAAAUGUAUAUCUCUCAGAUAGAUAGACAGUUAUGCAUCCAUUUCUGUAUUUUCAUGUCCGUAUAUAUGAUAAUUCAUUGGGUCGGGCCUCCGAGUACGCGCUCUCUUUUCCAGAGUGUAAUCCUUUCAACUGCUGAAUAUUCAACUUUAGUCCUGUCAGUAUUUCACAAAUAAAUCGUUGAAUUCG